UUGUCGGCGAAAAAAGUUGGGCGCUCUUCUCCGCAGCUGGCGUACAUUUAUUUUAUUAAAGGCAGUAGUGAUAUUUGUUGACACUUUUGAAGUAGCACUUUAUAUAUUCUGUUUCUGACCCAUAUAAGGCCAUGUCGAGAAUAGUUCCAGUCGCACAAAGAUUUUUCCGCAAGUAUCCCUUUAUCACUAAUAGUGUAGUUUAUGGCAGCUUGUAUGUAGGUGCAGAAUACUCCCAGCAAUACGUCUCAAAGCGCUGGAAACCACUAUCAGAGGAGCCUGAGCCUAUAGAUUACGCAACUAUAGGGCGCUAUGCCGUGAUGGGUACCACAAUCUACGCCCCUUCGCUUUAUGUUUGGUACAAAUGGCUAGAUCGCACAUAUUUUGGAACGGAUAAAAAUAUCAUUAUAAGGAAACUUCUGCUGGACCAAUUUAUUUUAACUCCUUACUUGCUAACUGCUUUUUAUGUCGGUAUGUCUUUAAUGGAAGGAUCGGAGGACAUCUUUUUGGAACUACGCGAAAAGCUUUUACCUACGUUUAUACGUUCUUGCUGCUUUUGGUUGCCUGUACAAGCUUUAAAUUUUCGGCUUGUAUUGCCACAGUAUCGUAUAAUCUAUAUGGGUAUUUGUGGCUUUAUUUGGGUUAAUAUAUUGUGUUGGACCAAGCGGGAAGGUAUUAAGGACCAGUCAUUACGGACGAAGCCCAAUGUGACAAGGUAGUCAAAACUAAGCAGCAUGAAAAUCAAUCCGAUAAUAAUAAUGAUGCUAUUUUUAUAAAUGUAAUGAAAAAAAAAUCCCAAAAUUAACUUA